CCUCUUUAAAUAUGUCCCAUUGCCUUCUUCAAACCAAGCCAGCAACUCAGUGAUCUCAGAGAUCCCACCACCAAGGCAGGUGAGGAGAUGCACUUGUCGGGAACACGAACCAGUCUAAGACCAUUAUCAAGGUGACCAAGGACAGGCUGGCUCUUACCAGUUGGCACAGACAGCUUAGCAGGGAGGGGAGGUGGCGAGGGAGCUCAGCCUCAAGCCCUCCGUGCUUUCUGCACGGAGUCAUCCCUCCGAUGCCCAAACUUUGCCGUGCGGAGGCUGCGGGGCGGGCGCGGGGCCGCGGGAGCAUCGCUGCUGCGGGAUGCUGGCGGUGGGCUCGGUGAUGCCCGUGAUGUCCCCCCCGCUGCCGGCAGCGCCCGCCAUGUGAUUCCUGCCAGACAAAGGCUGAGCUCAGCGCCCGCCUAAGGCUGGACCCACGCGAGCGCUCCGGCUGCUCCCCACCUUCCCCUGCACCUCGCCGGGAACAUCCAGCAGACGGAUCAAAGCUCAUCUUUUGUCAUCGAAAGGAUUAACUCCGCGGGGAGCAGCGGCGGAGGGCACGCAUCGCCUGCUUCCCCAGCACGCUCGGAGUUUUGGAGCCAAGCUCCCGGCUGCUAAUCCCCCUCGCUGCUGGGAAGAGCCGGGAGAAGGGACGGGAGGGAAGGAGCGGGGAGGAGUGUCCGCGCUCACACGCACACGCGUGCACCGGCAGCCCGCACUCGGCUCCGGGCAGCGGCACCGCAUCGGCGGCUGCGGGCGGGGAGCUCCGCAGGGAGCGCAGCCUGGAGAAAACAAGCUGGAGCACCAGGCGACGGGAUCUGCUCGCUUGCAAAAGUCUUUCAGGAAUCGAUCGGGAGAUGCCGGUAAAAGAAGUUGCUGAAAGCCAAGCUGGAAUGGGCAGGAGCUGCGCGCCGCCGGCCCCGUCACACAGCGGAGCAGCUGAACUUUGUGGGGUCUGAACAUUUUUCUCCUCUGCGAACGCUCUGGGCAGCGCUGACGGGAGAGCCGGGACCGCACCGCACACCUUGCGCCUGACCGAGCCUGGGGCACAGCCAGGGGGGAUUUCUGCCCCUCCAAGGACCAUCGCCUCUGAAAAAGAGAAAAGAAAAGGAAAAAAAACAAAAAAAGCUGGAGAAGGGCAAUUUAUCUUUCUUUUCCAGAUGACUGAAAAUAUCUACAGGAUCCUGUCUCUCCGGUUGUCAUCUGUGAGUAGCAUAAGGGGGAGGCGGCUCAGGAAUAAAAAUGAUAUCGGUCAAAAUCAUUCCAGCACCUACUUUUCCCUAAGGAACUUCAUGCCCGUAGGAGUUUUCUGCGGGCAUUUGCAGGAGUAAGACCGAGGUACCACAGAUGCAUCCCUACCGGAUCAUGUAAGAAUUUGCAAAUGAGAAACAUACCCUAUCAAGACCUUCUCUGCCCGCUUUGCAGUACAUGGUUUGGUGUAAGCACAGCAAUUCUCACCUCUUUCUCUCCCUUUUAAGUCUCUUGAGCUUGGAGACCUCUUUCCUCAUUGCAAUUAUGAUUAUUUGCAACAUCAGUGCCAUCAAAGAUUGGAGCACUUUCCUUUCCCAAAUCCUCCCCAGCGUUAACAAGACUCUGAACUUGGUACAGCAAGUGGAAGCCACCACCAGCUCGGUGGUAAGUGUCCUCCAGGACCCCGAACAGGACAACUACCUGUCCAAUAGCCAGUCCAUGAACUCCAGCAACUUCACAGCUGGCCUGGACCACUUGUUCCAGUACUCAUACUCGGACAAUGACCAGCUCUACAAGGAGUACAAACCCCCUCCUCGAGAUGCCAUUCCUCUGCCCAAGGCUGUCCUCUACCUCCUCAUGGCAGCCCUGGUGGUGGUGGCAGUGGCGUACGCCAUCGUCGGGCAUCUCAUCAAGGACCUCAUUUACGACUUUGUAGACUGGAUCUUUGGCCCCAGCCCGGAUGACAACAGCAACAAGAGCGACAUCAACUGCAUCAGCAACAGCGUCAACGAGAUGAGCGAGAUGCCCGAGGCGGCGCGGCACCGCGAGCGCCAGCCCCAGGACGUGGUCAUUGCCAUCAGCGAGACCUGCCACCUGCCACAGCAGACGUGACCAGCAGCAGGAGGGAGAGGAGGAUGCAGCAGAGGGAUGCAGCAGUGGAACAGUGCAGCAGACACCUUGCAGGACCGGGCAGGGAGAGGAAGGGAUGGGCAGAGUUGGCACCGUGGAGCAAAGCUCUUCUCCCCCUGGUUUUACCAGCCUCUAAGGACCUUGCCAGGGUGGGUGGCAUCACCCCUUUUCCCAGGCUUGUCAGCCCUGUCCUGACAUCUGCCCUUGGGUUUGUGACCCCCUCUUUGUUGCCCUGUGAAUAGCAAAAAAGAAAAAGCAAAUGCAAAAAUACACCCACCGAACAAAGCUUGCAAGAGAGAUGAGCUGGAGAGAGGCCGGGCGCUCUGUCCAGUGGUGUGGGAAUGGGGUGGGGAAAAGGGCACAGAGACAAGGAGGCUGCAGAGAAAUGUGUGUGUCUGCAUUUCUGGGGACAGGCCCAGGACACAGCAGGGAGCUGGGAGCUGCAGAAAGGCACAGAAAGGUCCUCAGGGGCCAAAUCCCCCUGCCAAAUCUGCUUGGGCCAUCACUCCUGCCUUUAGUUUUGCAGCUCCAGCUCACAGCCCUUUUCACAGGUGUGCCCUGUGGCUCUGGGACAGCAGAGUGACAGCACAAACUUCCCAGGGAGCUUUAUUCCUCUGUACCUGGGGCCAUCACAUUCCCUCCACCACAUCUCUGCUUGAGCCCAGCACCCCGUGGCAGGGAGCAGCCUUGUUGGAACUUGUACAACCCUUUUUCUAAGGAAUGUCCCUGGAGAGGGACCCAUCUGCAUGAAAUCCAAAUGCUUCACGGGG